CGCGCCCUGUCGUGUGACGAGCAAACGAGGGGAUUUUCUCCUCCUCCCCCGUUGUCCUAGUCGUCGUCAGGUCUCACGGGUUCACACACCGAAUGCCCAAUUUGUAGGACAGAAGAAAGAGGCUCUGACGGAAUACAGCACUGACACUGGAUAUUUAACUCUGGCUCAGUUCACACCCGUGCUGACUUUGAAAUCGUCUUUUCCCCGAGAAUCUUCGAAAGUGGGCGUAAAAUUGUCCUUAAACUGGCACCUCUUCUAAAUUUGUGCUUUUAGCAGACGCGGAAAGGUGUAACGCGGUACACUACUUCUGCAGUGUGACACCACCCCUCCAGUGGUCUCUUUGGCGGAAAGUGAAGUUCAGUUCUUUCCAUUUCACCUGAGAUGUCAGAGAAGAAGAAGAAAGUUCCAGGGAUGGCCUUCUUGACCCCGUGCAGAGCAGCUGCUAUCUUUUUGUCUGCAUUUCUGCUGGCUGGAAUUGGAGCUGCAGUCUGGGCUAUUGUAACAUUUUUGAUCAAGCCAGAAGACACUGGUUUAUAUGAUGUCCAGGUGACCUCAGCCGAUCUCCGCCUUACUGUAUUUGACCGCACCCAAGACAGGUGGAGGUUCGUCUGCUCAUCCAGUUCCAAUGAGCUGCUAGCUAACAUCAGCUGUGAGGAGAUGGGCUUUGUCAGGGCUCUCAACCAUUCGGUAUACAGUUUCCUUGAAGGUAGCAAUGACUCUGAGGAUUACUUUUGUGUGGAUGUGGAGCAACUAACUUACGGAAAAAAGAUCAGGGAGGCCCUUUCGCCUUGCAAAUGUGAGAUCGGGCAGGUGCUGACAGUGCAGUGUCAAGACUGUGGCCGCCGCAGUCUGAUAGUGGAUCGCAUUGUUGGGGGGUUGGAUGCACGGCAGGGCAGCUGGCCCUGGCAGGUGAGCCUGCAGUAUGACGGAGUACAUCAGUGUGGAGGCUCCAUCAUUUCUGACCGCUGGAUCGUUAGUGCCGCACAUUGCUUCCCAGAGCGGUAUCGGCAUGUGGGUCGAUGGAGAGUCCUUCUUGGUUCCAUUUACAAGGCCCCCACUCAUAACAGUGUGCACAUUGCAGAGGUACAAACAGUGGUCUUCCACAGCAGCUACCUGCCUUUUGUAGACCCCAACGUCGAUGACAACAGCCGCGACAUUGCAGUACUGGCACUCACAAAUCGGCUGCAGUUCACAGAAUACAUUCAGCCAGUGUGUCUUCCUACCUAUGGUCAACGUUUGAUUGAUGGACAAAUGGGAACUGUGACGGGCUGGGGAAACACAGAGUACUACGGCCAGCCUUCAGAGGUGCUUCAGGAAGCCAAUGUACCCAUCAUCAGUGAUGCUGUCUGUAAUGCCCCUGAUUACUAUGACAACCAAAUCACUACUAGCAUGUUCUGUGCUGGAUAUGAAAAAGGCAGUAUAGAUGCCUGCCAGGGGGACAGCGGUGGCCCCUUUGUGGCUCAGGAUACCCUGUCCAAGGCUAGCCGCUACCGUCUUCUAGGAGUAGUGAGCUGGGGCACAGGCUGUGCCAUGGCCAAGAAGCCUGGUGUCUACACUAGGGUCUCCCGCUUCCUGCCUUGGAUCUCCUCGGCCAUGAGGACUUUUGAAAAUGUCCCAGGUAUGCACAAAAUGUCUCGGACAUGAAGGCCUCCCUACUUCUGUUAUUCUCACUACAGGGACUCUGAUAGAGAAACCCCUCUCCCCCAGCCCACCAUCUCUUCUCUCAGACCUUCAGCCAGUUCACUGUUGAGACUGUGAUAGGGAUUAGGGCCUGCCAUGGAAUGCGUCUUAAAAAAUACUUACAUGUUCACCAUUACUUUAUGGUAUUUUACAAAUACCCCAACAGGUCUUUUAUAUUAAAAAUUAGGGUUUAGGUAUUUGUAUUAAUGUUUUGGUUUACCAAUGACACAGUGAGAGUUAAGGUUAGUCUUAGAAUUAUGCAUUCAAUCCCAGUUGUUCUUAUGGUGAAAUCCUCCACAGAAGUUUUAAGUACAAGAUCCUUAACCUGAUUUUUAGAUUUAUGCCUAGUUUAAAUUUUUUUUUUUUUGGGAACAGGAUAUUGAUCGCUAUGUUUUAAAUGUUUCAUGCAUAAGACAUUAUUUGGCAGAUUUCCCCGCUGUCAGAUUCCAUCAAAACUCUCUGGCUAGUAAGAAGUAUAAUAAUAGAUUCCACUCACUGUGUAUCUGUAUAUAUAAUUAGCAAUCAUAAAUGUAAAUGUCCUUAUCAUAAAGCAUGGAUUUUUUUUACUGCUCUGCACUCUGUAGUUAUGGAAAUCCAGCUUGUUGUACAGAAAUGUGUGAAUGUGGUGUAUGAUAAAGGGCUGUGACCCUUGUUUUGGUUGUAGAUCUUGUAGUCUAGUCAUAAUUUUGAUUUCUAUUUUUAUAGUGGCUGUCAGACUGUCACUAUGUGAAAUUUUCUACCAACCUAAUAUAAUAAAAUAAAAUAAUAAUAUCUUUUGCUUAGUCCUUUGGGAGCAUUUUGAAUUGUUGUCAGUUUUAUUAUGUAAUUAUCAUUAUCGUAAAAAAAAAAACAAAGUUUUAUGAAAAUCUUUGGAUAGUUUAGUCUUUUCUUCAGGAUGAAUACAAAGUGAAUAUGGAAGAAAAAAAGAAGUACAUUUCUGUAUGUACUGCUAUUUUAGGUGGGAGUAAUAAGAAAAUGAAAAAGCAAAUAAUUAAAUGUGAAUGCUUUUAUGUUUCAUUAACUAAAAGCUACUGAACACAUGAAGUAUUGAUGUUUGAAUCAGUAUUUGCUCUUGUUAUAAAUGCUGUAAAUACGUAGUGCUUCUAAGUAACAGGGACACAGACUGGAGCGAAAUUAUUGUCAUCUGUUUUGACUUUCCAGCUUCUCUUUUUGCAAAAAUAAAACAGAGUGUGGACAGUGCAAGAAAUAGGACCUUCUGUAACAUUAUCCUCUAAGUAUCCUAAGCCAAAGGUACACCUGCACUGAGGCCGAAAAAAUUGUGUCAAUUAAGUGUGUAUGAGGUCAGAUAUUUGUUCAGGCAUGCUGGAGGAUUUAUACAAGUUGGGAUGUUAUAAUAAAAGGUAAGAUAAGUGAUUCUGACAACAGUAAGAGGAUAUUAGUACAUAUACUGUAUAACUCCUUGCUGUCCUUAAGGUUCUCAUCAGUCUGUUGACUUGCAUUCUGUUUUUGAUGAUAUUUCACUGCGGUAUGCUGUGGUAACUGGAGAGUCCUUAAUGUUCCAAAGGGACAGGCCACAUUGCACUGUAAUUCACUACUGUUCUCUUGACAUGCCUUUGUCAGCUUUCAUGGUUUAUGAUAAAAUUAAUAUUUCUUCUCCCGUUUUACCUCUUUCUAACCCAGUUAUGUUCAUUUGUUUGUCAAUAACUUUGAGUGAAGGACUCGUAUAUUUAUCGUAUUCUGGAGAAACUGAGACUAUUACAGCAGGUGUAAUUAUUGAAACCUAUUUAGUACUGUUCAGUUUAAAUCUGGAU